AAUCGCGUUUCCUGUGUGAGUGGAGGGGUACUCGAGGAACUUUGCUGUGAGCCAAGCCGAAUUCUCAAAUCCGCCGAUUUGUCUUCAAUGCCAGCUCUUGGCACCCAUCUCUCCUAGCCUUACUUAUCUUCGCGCCACUCGCGGUCCUCAGGGGUUAGAACCGGAGACAAACUUUCUUAGGAUUUUUAUAAAUUCACCCCGCCAUCAGGGUCGCCCCGAGAUAUUAGCGUGGAACUUCCCUAGCAGUGCGUUCUUAGAACGCAGCCUGCAACCAGAAUACCCAGCGGAGGCAUUCUGUGUGGCUGAUAUCGCCGGAAAGGGUAGCGCUUCAGAAGCUCCAAACAGCAGUAGUACUACUACGGUAGCAGCAAGAAGAGAUUAACUCGAGGUGUGGAUAUCUCUGAAGCCAAUCACCUGCGGUCACAGGAAAAGGUCGCAUAAUAGUCAGACGGAAACCGCAGACUCGUCCUUGAAAGCGCAGUCAGACGGCAAGCUCCAAGACUUCUCCUUCUCAAAUCAAACCACCAUCUUCGUAGAUACCCCGGUGACUUUCAACGCCGCUCAAUCGACCCUCCACUUCAGCGGUCGCAUAUCAUCCAAGUUUUGACUUUCCAGUUGUUUCUUAAUCUCCAUCCUAUACCAGACUUAAGCCGUCUCACGACUCCGUACUAAACCACCGGCGAUGGAUUUCGCUCCAGCCUUCGCCACCGGCCCGCCCAGCUCUCUCCACAAGCCGUCCGUCGCGGGCAGAAUAGGCAACUGGCGGGGCCGGGCAGACGAAGGAUUUCUCAUGCUGCCCAUCCCCGAGGAGGGCGAGCUCGUCGAGAUGAGCGCGGAGGCGGGGUCCGCGCGCGCGGCAUGGCGCGCGCAGGCGCUGCUGGGGAUAAUCCUGGGGGAAAAGGACAGCGCGUCGUUCAAAGAGGCGGAAACCAAGGGCGGCGGAGGGGGGUCACCAGCUGGGGGCGCGGGGAUGGAGUGGGGAGCGGGGGAGAAGGACGAGGCGGCGGAGGCGGAAGUUGCAGCGGAGGCUGCGGCGACGGCGGCGCUACGGCAGGCUAUGAGUGGGAUAACUAAGCACGGGCGGACGCACGUACUUGGCGACUCCGCCGGAUAUAGCGACGCGGGGAAAUCAGGCGCGUCCGCAUCCGGCGCCGCCGCCGCCGCCGGAGGCGGUAAUAGCGGCAUGUCGCGAUGGCGGUCCAUCGCAGCCGCUAUGCUGGGGAAGCGGGCGCCUGACCCGCCGCCGGCUUUCGAGAUGCCGCAAGGGGCGACCAAGGGAGGGGGAGGGGGAGGAGGAAGGGGAGCGGAUGGCGGCGCAUGGUGGGCGGCCUGGCUGGGCGACAGCGGCCGGUGCGCAGAGCACGGGCGCAACGGGGGAGGGAUGGCGGAGCACUCUCAGGCGGACUUGAAUCAAGCUGCAGCUGCGGCGGCAGCAGCGGCGGCGGUAAAUGGCGGAGUCACCAGCGCGGAGCACCACUCGAUGUUUGCGAAGAAGCAUCAGGAGCUGGAGUUGGCCAAUCCGCCGUCCCCCUUGUCCGUCUCUCCGCCUUCCUCUGGCGCGUCCUCUCCGCCCACCUCCGCCUCCUCCUCCUCGUCCUCCUCCGCGUCCUCCCCCGAAUCCUCCGCCUCGGCGCAAGAAGGCACUCCGCCCGAGCCCUGCUACUUGCACGAGGAUGCGCACGCGGGCGGAAGCAUGGCGGACGGAGAUGGUGGGCGCGCGGAAAGCGGAGAGGCGGAGGGAGUCGGGCAUAGACAAGGCGAAGAAGCCCCCGUGAUUGGCUCGUUCAUGGGCUUCGCCAUGCGGGGAGCGCAAGGCGGAAUCGCAGCGGGCGCGGACGGCGCAAGCAGAGGCGGAAGCGGAAGGGGCCAGGCUUGGGGGUGGCUCGAAGGGGGAGAGGCGGAAGGGCAGGUGCAGGCGGACGUACGCGCUAUAGAGAACCAGCAGCACGCGCUGAGGCACGCCUUGGAGCGCGCGCAAAACCGUCGCGGCGGAAACGGAAACGGAAGCGGAAGCGGAAGCGGAAGGGCGCAGCUUGGGGCGGAUGGCGGAACUGGCGGAGCUGGGAGCGCCAACGGGGCGGAAGCGGAAGGGCCCGCGGGUCUACCCGCGAAUCUCAUGGGCGCGUGGCGGGAAGCUUGGGUGGAGUCGGGGGAAGACAGGCUCGGCGGAGCGCAAAUGGCGCGCCGGAAGGAAGUCGACGCGUACGGUUACGGCUAUGGCUGCUCCGCUUACCCCGCAGAAACGACGCCUGGUGACGGGAGAAUCUCGAUCCGUAACCCGCGGCGCGUCGCCGUGAAACCCGGCGGCAAGAGCUCCCUCUGGCUGGGCGUAAAAUCCUGGGCCGCGUCGCGAACAGCGGCUCGGCGGCGGAGAGUGGCGGCCGUCCCGCGCGCGCAGCGGGAGGGGGAGUGGGCGGUGUGGGGGAUCGGAUUCGCGGUGUUUGCGCUGAUCAACGUGCAGCUGAUCACCGGCUGCGCGCUCCUCUGGCUCUGCCUCCCCGCGGCCUGGUCCGCCACCGCGCGCGCGGCGGUCGCGGGGUGCGCCAGCGCGCUCGUGGGCGCGCAGCUUGCGGGGAACGUCCUCGUCGCGGCGUUUGCGCGCGCCGCCGUGCUGCGGGAGUUCCUGAGGCGGAAGAUGAAGGCCGCGGGGAAGGCGCAAGGCGUGGCGGUGGGGGGACAGCGGGGCGCGGGGAGGGCGGAAGACGGCGAGGCGGCGGAUGUUGAGGGGAAGGGGGAGGCGGUGGCGGCGUGCGGAGUGGCGUGCGCGCUGGAUGUGGAGCAACUGUUGGCGGAGCAAGGGGAGGGGGAAGGGGGGAGCCAAGCGGGGGAGAGAGGCAUGAUGAAGGGCUUUCACUCUCGCCCUCUCCUAGUGUACAAAGCAGAGCACAGCAUCCAGUCCCAGAGCACCCACCUGCACCCCUCCGAACCCACGGGCACCGCACCAACCGACCCCCGUCCUUACUCCCCUGCUCCUUCACCCACGGCCACGGCUGCAGCUGCCGCCGCCGCCUCUGCUGCUGCUUCUUCUGCUGCAUCAGCAGCAGCUGCUGCUGCGGCAGCAGCACCAAUGCGCAUAAGAAACGGCAGCAGCAGCAGCAGCAGCGGCGGUGGCAGUGGCGGUGGCGGCGGUGGUGGUGGUGGUGCAAACGGCAUGCAGCACGAGGGGGCCGAACGGAGAGGGGCGGCCGUGGAGCAGGAGGAGGGGGAGGAGGAGGGGGGGGGGGUGUUGCAGUGGUGGCGGUGGAUUUUGUGGUGACGGACGUGGUGUCGCGGGUGUCGGUGGUGGUGCGUGCACGGCAGGCGGCGGACAAUGGAGUGCUGGAGAUGGUGCGCCUGCCCAGUGCACGGAGACAGCAACGCGGAGAGCCAUCCAGGCCGUUGACAGCAGUGCGAGAGGGCGAUGUGGUAACUGCAAUCGGCAGUGCCAUGCGAGAUCCCAACACGGGCACACUGCAUGUGGUGCCGCUGGUGUAUCCGCGCAACAUCUCCACCUUCACCUUCCUAUUUGGUUGCCUGCCCUUCUACUUCCCGGUGGUCGUUGGCCGGAAACUCAUUGUUGCUGCUCUGUGAGAAUAGCAGCAGCACCGGCAGCAGAUCCUGAAACUAAGAGGAGAUGCUGGGUGUGGGAAACAUUUUUUAGGUACUUGAAAAUAGUGGGACUAAUGCUUGGGAUUGAAUUUGAGAUGGAUUGUUGGUAUGGGGAGUGCUUGAUUGACAAUUAGGAUUAGAGACCAUUAAAGCAAGUGUUCGCUCUAGCGCACUGAGAUUUGAUUUGCCUAGUGAAGCCUUGUAGGUCAUGUGGAGUGGACGGUUUGCUCGAGUUCAAUUGCCCU